UUUCAAACUGUUGUCAUUACAAUCGGGAUGUUCGGUAACUCAGCAUCCAUCAGAUCACAGAAUCUGAACGUUGAAAAUUAUAGCUGUCUAAGAUUUCAAAUUCGACUAAUCUAAACCUUUGACUGUUUUAAUAGAUGAAUCAAGAAGUAGAUAAUUCCUAUUUAUAAGAUAAAAAACAAAUUCGUGAUAAUUAAAGUGAUUCAGUGAUUUAAACCGCAAAGAUCGUCAGUUGCAGAAUAAUGUACCUAAAAGCCGCUAAUUCUCUAAAUUCCAAAAUGAUUCUCCAUAAAUAUUCUUCAAUUUAAUGUUGUUGAACUAACACUUGAAACUGUUAUCAGUUUACGCAUUAUCAAACAGAGCGCACAUCAGAACUGGUCAUUCACAAACAAAUAUCGCUCAAAAAGACAGCUACAAGAAAUAAUAAUAAAAAGUGAUCGAAAGGCGUAACAAUGGUUGAAAAUAUCCCAAGUUUAGAUGAGAUGAUCCUUUCUGCGACUGAAUUGUUCAGGAACACCUACAAGGAUGAACCCAAUAUUAUUGUACAAGCUCCUGGAAGGGUAAAUCUUAUCGGUGAACAUACAGAUUACAAUGACGGUUUUGUCUUGCCAAUGGCGCUACCACUGAGAACUGUGAUUGUAGGAAAACCUAUUUGUGGUUUGGAAGCCUCUAUGGUUUCCAUAGCCAGUGAAGCAGAAGAUGGAAAAACUCUCCACACUUUCAAUAUUUCAAAGGAAGCUUUAAAGCCCGGUUCUCCCAAAUGGGCCAAUUACGUAAAAGGUGUUUUAGCGAAUUACAAAGGUGGUCCAUUCCCUGCAUUUCAAGCAGCCAUAGUGAACAGCGUUCCUAUAGGAGGCGGACUUUCUAGCAGUGCCUCACUCGAAGUUGCUACAUAUAUGUUCUUGGACGCAAUUUCGAAGGAGAAAAUCAAAGUUUCUAAGGUUGAGAAAGCUCUGGCCUGUCAAAAAGCAGAACAUGAUUUUGCUGGUAUGCCUUGUGGAAUCAUGGACCAGUUUAUCUCUUUAUUAGCCGAAGAAAACAAUGCACUUCUGAUAGAUUGUAGGGAUAUGACCUACUCCUCUGUACCAUUCGAUGACCCAAGCAUGGUAAUUUUGAUCACCAAUUCCAACGUCAAGCAUUCCCUGUCUGGGAGCGAAUAUCCAACUAGAAGAAGACAGUGCAAAGAAGCCGCCACUUUGUUAGGAAAAAACAGCUUGAGAGAAUGCACACUAGAUGACGUAAAAAAUCUGUCUGCUCUGGGAGCCUCCGAAGAUCACGUCAAAAGAGCAAGGCACGGUGUUUCCGAAAUAAUAAGAACCGAACAGGCAGCCAGGCUUUUCGCCGAGAGAAAAUACGAGGAGGUCGGAAAAUUGAUGGUGGAAAGUCACAAUUCGCUCAGAGAUGACUACGAUGUAUCUUGUCCGGAGUUGAAUCGAUUGGUGGAGUUGGCCAUGGAAGUGGAAGGAGUGAUGGGUGCCAGGAUGACGGGGGGAGGAUUUGGGGGAUGCACUGUGACUAUGGUGAAAUCAUCAACUGUGGAUAAGGUUAUAGAAAAUAUAAGAAAAAAUUAUCCACUCAAACCAACAUUUUACAUUUGUACACCAAGUCAAGGUGCGAGUUUAAUAAAAGCUUUUGUUUGAAUGUAAUAAUAGUAUUCCAAAAUAAUAAUUACUAGUGGAA